AUAAUUGUUAACUUUUGGGAGAUAGAAGAACCAUCAAACAUCAUUGACAGCUUUUCUGGUAAUCGCACAGCUGUUGCUGGGUAUCAGUGCAUUUGGUCGUCUGCCGACACCUUACGUGUUGACUUACAACAUCACUUCCAUUAAAGCGUUCCUACGAAGCGGAUCUAUCAGUCAAUGAUUUUUCUUUUGUUUUUACAUGAGGAAUUUAACCCGAGAUCAGCAAUCUCUGAAUUCUCGUCAUUUUUGGGGUCUAAUAUAGACUCAGAAGUCCUUCACAGCUCGUGACGAGCGAGAUUAUGAAUAUGCAAAUACCCAUGAAACGCCGUUUCAUUUGCAUAUUUUUAAUUACCAUUAUUCUGAUAAUAAUUGGUGAAACCGACUGUAAAGAAGAAAAAGAGAGGCUUUCAGAAAACUCUCCCAGAUUUUCACAGACAUUAAAGAGUCGACCUACGGUUGCUGGUGGAACUAUCUUUCCGGAUCAAAGUGUUACGAUCAAAGACGAAGAAAAAAGUGCGCCUCUGCGCACUUCAAGAUUUACCCGACCCCUGGAUUUCGAUACACUGAACUUGACAAAUGAUGGCGGGAUAGGAUUAGGAUUGCUAGCAAUGUAUAACCUGACGGACUAUCCGUUUCUGUGUUUAAACACUUCUAGAACACCAAAAGACGAUGGGAGAGUCUAUUGUAACGCGACAUUGGACCCAUUUUCGUGCUGGCCGGCGACCCUAGGUGGACAUUAUGCCGUCAUUUCCUGUCCGGAAGUCCCAGGAGUAGAUGCUACAAAAAAUGCAACAAAAUAUUGUUUUCCGAAUGGAACAUGGAUGUCAAAGGCAAAUUAUAAUGCCUGUAUGCCCCACGGGAUAGCUGACGAGAAUGAUAUUGAAUUCCAGGGGGAACUGGCCACGGAUUAUGUGUCAAGAAUUAUCUACAAUCUCGGUUUUUCCAUCUCCACGGUAGCUCUCGCCAUUGCAUUAUUCAUCUUCACACAUUUUCGGAGUUUACGAUGCCUGAGGAACGUUAUCCACUGUCAUCUGAUCGUCACCUUCAUAUUGCGUAACGUUGUGUGGUUCGUUCUGCAGCACACCUUGGUCCCAAUCGUUGCAAAUCAAGAAACGUGGGCUUGCAAGCUACAGGUAGCUGUAUUUAACUAUGCUCAGAUGACGAAUUUCUUCUGGAUGCUUGUUGAGGGCCUUUACUUACACAUCAUCAUCGUGUGGACAUACUCGGCGGACAAAAUCAGGAGAUGGUACUUAAUCGUUCUUGGUUGGGGGAUACCAUUAUUAAUAAUCGCUGUUUGGAGUUCCCUUCGAAUUUAUUCCACGUCAAUUCAGCAAAUCAAGAGUUCCGAUUUACAAGACUGCUGGUUGCCUUAUAACACCUCACAGAUGGAUCCCCUGGAUUACAUCCAUAUCGUACCGACGCUCCUAGUGUUAGCAAUUAAUAUGCUGUUUCUCGCUACAAUUAUAUGGGUUUUAGUGACGAAAUUAAGAGCCUCUAAUAGCUUGGAAACGAUACAAUUAAGAAAAGUCGUGAAGGCCACAUUGCUUCUGCUGCCUCUGCUGGGGAUCACGUACCUGUUAUUUUUAUACUCACCCACAGACGAUAAAGCCGUAGUGGAGGCCCAUAAAUUCAUCAACACAUUUCUUCAGUCAUUUCAGGGCUUUUUUGUCGCUUUAUUUUACUGUUUCUUGAAUGAAGAGGUGAAAUCUGUACUAAAGAAGAAGUUCAACACUCUUCGAGAAAAUCGCACCUUGGCCACAAGAUGUACAAAAACUUCCAUUGGCUGGGCCAAUGACAUUACGAUACAGAAAGACCACGUGGCCCUCACCAAUGGCAACCGCCAAACGAAUGCAUACAAUCACAAUGAUAGACCGGACCUUAAGAUUUCCGAUCACUACAGUAGGGAGGAUGGACUAGAAUCGGAGAAAAUGUUGUAAACUGUUUAGAAUAUUUUAUUUUAUUUAAAUAAUUUCAUUUCCAUUCCAUAACAGAAUACAUGAAAUUAAGUCUUGCAAACUAAAUGGCAUUAUUUUUUUUUUCAACUAUUAUACUCAGUUCUUAUCUAGCAUGCAUGAUAAUUGCGAUAUUAUAAUUACUAUAUUUAAUUGGAAAUGUUUUAUUCAUAUACAAUAUUAGUAUGAUGGCACAUUGUCAUUUUUUUUUCAACUAGAAGAAAAAUUUAUUGUAUGUAUAAACAUAUAAGAAUGCAUUGUUAAGUUUAAUUAUAUACAGUUUACAUAUAUAUGACUUACAAGUCUGAAAACCUAGUAUAUGUAAGACUUGUCCCGUGUAUUAUUUUGUUAUAUCGGUAUUAACCAAGUGACGUUUUAUCUUUAAAUGACGUCACAGAACCAGAAAUGGGAUGUAUUACGUCUAAUAAUCAUCAAUGUAUAACUUCUUAAACCGUUUUUCAUUUGUUCUGUAUCAUCAUUUAUAUGUAUAUGUAUAUAUGUCAUAACGAAAUAUUAUUAAACUGUUUUGUUUGGUUUC